AUGGACGGGGGGGACACUCAGAGGCGGAUGUUGGGUUACGCUUUCGUCGAGGAGCGUCUGGACGUCAUCGGCGGCUUUGGUCACUUCAGUCUUGUGUUUCGUUUUAGUGAGGAGGUGUGCAAUGCCAUCACCACAUCUGGUCGGACGUGGCCUGUGGCCCUUAAACUCACCGGAGUGAUCGGCGACACUAGGGAGCGAGCUGCGCGACAGCGUACCGCUGAAGCAUCGACGUUGCUCCACCGAUGGGUCUUUCCGGUGUUACUUUUAGCGGGAUUAGUUGGUAUGCUGUGGCUUUCAGCCCAGUUCAUUGAGUGGAAGUAUCAGACAACCCACGCUGCUGCCGCCAAUAGCGGUGCUGAGCCCGAGUGCAGCGUAGGCGCGAAGAAGCGAAAUUAG